AUGCGCGUUGCGAUUAUCGGUGGAGGCCCCUCAGGUAUCGUACAACUCAAAGUCCUAACCGAGGCACACCGACGCUUUGCCAUACCACCUCUUGAGCUCAGGCUUUUUGAAUCACAUAAUAGGCUUGGAGGCAUCUUCUCACACCAUUCCUACGAAGAUGCAGAGCUCGUCUCCUCGAGAUAUCUUACAGCCUUCUCUGACUUCCGCCCCCGUCGUGAUGAUCCGGACUUCUUCAGCUCCGACCGCUAUCUCGAGUAUCUCGAUGAGUAUGCUACCCAUUUUGAGCUGUGGCCGUACAUCAACUUGAACACAUGGGUCAAGUCAAUUCGACGAGGAGACUCCAGUGAGCAUGUCGUCAUUUACCGGACAGCAUCAGGCGAAGAAAUCGAGUGGGAGUGCGACGCCAUCGCGAUAUGUUCCGGUGUGCAUGCCAUCCCCAAUAUACCGAAUCUGCCUGGCAUUGAACAUGUCCCUGUUGUCAUGCACUCUGCUGAUUUCAAGUCUCGAAAGCAAUUUGGCAAGGACAAAACUGUCAUGGUUAUCGGCAGCGGUGAGACUGGCGCAGACAUUUGUCACUUGGCAGUGACAGGAGGCACGGAUAGGAUCAUCCUAUGCCAUCGGGAUGGUUGGCUCGGCGCACCCAAGGCAUGUCUCGGUCAUUAUAUCUUCAUGCAACGGCACCACUUCCACAGAGUUACUUACACAACGUGUAGAGAGUUCCCGGACAGAGAUUUCUGCCGUGGCUGUUUGGCUCCAAGUACGAUUAUCCGCAGCUUCCUCUCGACGUAUCCCAAGUCACCUUGUUUGACUCCAUUCUUCUUCAACAAGGCUUGGCAGCGUAUCAGCAACCAUGUUUCCACACCUUGGCGACCAACCAAGUGGUCCCUUGCCACUCGUAUCCGUCGCUUCUUCUUUCAUACGGAUAUCCCUUCGGUUUCGCGGAUAAUAGAGGUUGCACCAACACCUUCGCACAUCUCUGAGGAUGGCGUGGCUCACUUUCCUCUUAACGGUCGCCCGGAAUCCGAGCGCAUCAAUGAAACUAUUGUGAAGCCAGACGUUGUCAUAUUCGCCACCGGCUACCUUCCGGCAUUUCCUUACCUCAACACUCCAGAAAACGACGGACGCAAGCCUUAUCCUGUAGCAUUUGACGCAGAUGUGAGGCAAAUUUGGAACUCGGACGACCCAACCGUCGGCUUCAUCGGCUUCGUUCGUCCAGGCUUUGGCGCUAUCCCACCGCUCGCGGAGAUGCAGGCAAUGCUCUUUACAAUGAAUCUGAUUAAUCGAAUCCCAAGGCCACUGGACCCGGAGGAUGAGUGGCACUAUCGCAUUAUCCACGCCCCUGAUGCACGUGUCAGUUACGGCGUUGAGCAUGACAGUUACGCAUAUCAGCUGGCCAAGGAUAUCGAUGGAGCACCAUCGUUCCCAGAAGUGCUCAAAAUGGCGUUCACAACCAAGAAUGGCUGGAGACUGCCGUAUAUAUGGGCCGCGGGAGCGAGCUUCAACACGAAGUUCCGCAUGAGGGGCCCAUGGAAAUGGGAGGGAGCCUGCGAGGUCAUGACUGGCGAGUUGUGGGAGACGAUUUCGCGCCGUGAAGGUCUAUUUGGUAAGCAUCUCGUCCUUUCUUGA